AUGAGGUCGGUGCCUUAGCAACCGGGGAACGGAGGACGAAGAUAAGGAAGCCUGUGAUAGAGAAGAUGAGGCGAGAUCGUAUAAACCACAGCAUCGAGCAGCUCAGAAUUUUACUAGAGAAAGAAGUCCAGAUCCAUCACCAACACUCCAAACUGGAGAAGGCCGACAUUUUGGAAAUGGCGGUAAAAUAUCUCCAGCGGCAGAGGCAGCACUGCACCAAUGAUUCUCAGAACGCUCAGGACUUAUAUUACCAAGGAUACUACAUGUGCCUUAAAGAGACCGUAGGAUUUCUGCACAACCAGGAGACGGCACAGGGCAAAAUCUUAAGACACCUCUGUCUGCAACAAAGUGAAGCGAUGGCAGAACAGUAUCCGGCCGCCCCAUUACAGAGAUUGCCCUAUAACCCUUCGGAGGGUAAUGGACAGAUAUGGAGACCUUGGUAGGGACAAUAUUAUAAGACGGACAAUACCUGUAAUAGCACUGUAAGAAUCUUCAGAUUGUAAUUGUAUAAUAGAUGGAUAAGAGUCCUAGCACUUCAUGUAAUUCUCAGGCCAUCAGUCCCACAAUCUCCAAUUAUUAGGCACUUACUGGUUUUGAGAUCUCAGUGGUGCCCCUGUUGGGUGUGAGGUGUAACUACAUCUCUGUGGUCAUCAGUUUUAUUGUUUUUUUCUCAUGUAUUCAGGUUAUGGGUUCAUACUGUACUCCCUGUGCUUCCGAUUUGACACUGAAUUCCCCAUUAUGGAGUGGGGGAAGGGAGCGCUUCAUACGCCAGCAAAGAGUGCCAAUCUAUGGGUGCACAUGGCCAUAUUACAGCUCCAUUUUGUAUCAUCCCAGGUGGCCGU